UCGAGCCGAACCAUCACCUGUUCCUUCUCUCCAGUGAUGCUGCCUGGACCGCUGUUACUCCAGCUCUUUGCGGCUGUCUCUAUGACGACGGUCGGGUUGCCAGGCGGACGCCCUCACUCACUCAGCGGGAAGCGGCGGUUGCUGAGGGCAGGAGCGAUGGCGUCGGGCGGUGAGGGCCGGCUACUCUCGGUGGAUUACGAGGUGUUCGGGAAAGUGCAGGGAGUCUUCUUCCGAAAACAUACGCAGAAGGAGGCGAAGCGGCUGGGCCUGGUGGGCUGGGUGCGGAACACGGAGCGAGGGACGGUGGAGGGGCGGCUGCAGGGCGCCGAGCAGCCGGUGCGGACCAUGCAGGCCUGGCUCCGAGCCAAGGGCAGCCCCCGGUCUCGCAUUGACAAGGCCGAGUUCAGCAACCAGCGGCCGGCCGAUCGCCGCGAUUACCCGGACUUCCAGGUCGUCAAAUGAGCCAGGCUCCGAGGCCGCAGCUCCCUCGCUCCGGAUCGGUUUCCACUCCGGUUUUUCCACCUCGCGUCGGACCCAGAGCAGCUUCACCACUUGUCUCAAGUUGCUUUCGAGGUCGAGGAUUGCCCGUGGGGUUUGCUCGGGACCCUGUUCGGUUCAGUUUCCGUGUUUGGCUCUGCUAAAUUCGUGUUAGGGGAUUACCGUGGUAAUUUCCACGCUAAUUACAAAAGCCUUCGUCGUGGUUUACUUUCGCAUUACCAUAUAAAUGUCCUGAUUCUUUCCAAACGCAUUGGAGUUGUCGCAGUGACAAUGACAUUAAUUAGUCAUUAUUACAAGUUCUGAAUUGUUGCAGGAUUACAAAAUAAAAGGUGUUUUCUUCCAAGAGAAGCUACGUUUGAACAUUUGCAUUUUCUCAUUUAAAAAAAAAAGAAAUUAAAAAUAUUUAAUAUCAGGAUGUCACCCUAAUACUUGAAAGGCUCACGACACAGCUAAUUGAGUAAAUUUGAAUACACAUAUUGAAUUGUUUGUUCAUUGAAUUCUGAAUGGUGCACGAUUGCAUUGCUAUUGUCAAGAUGAUCGUUAAAGGUUGAAUCUGUUUUCCAGGUCGUGUACUUAAGGUGAAUGGUAAUGCACCCUAUGGUGCUGAAUACGGGUCUUCGGGAGUCGGGUGCCAAAACGAAUAUUCCUGCUUCAUUCAUCCGUUGUUUUUGUUUGUAAUAGUCACUGUCUUGCUCAUUGCAGCAAAUGCACAUCAACAUGAUUUGAAUAUUUUGUCUGAAGCGAAAUUAUGGCAAUUAGAAUGUCACUUUAUUGUAAGAUUUUAAGUGGUUUAUAACGUGUGGAGAAUUGGCUUCACAAAGUUUACAAUAUUUGAAAUAAAUAUUAUUCAGUGUUAAAUUUUCUGAAA